CUCCCGAUACAGUCCCUGAAGGAAAAUGAACCGCGGAAUAGACCGACGGACUUGAUGCGCCAUGAUAACUAUUGGCAGACAGUGGCUUCCAAGGUGGUAGUGAGCAUGAGCAACGUUCAAACACAGCCUCCCAAAUCCUGACAGGAAUUCGAGUCGGAAGUGGCCCAGAGCGGCCAUUUCGCUUCUGUUGUCAACUCCUCUAACCUGUGAAUCGCCUGUGGGAUGCUGAGGAUUUCCAGUGUCCCUCCAGAGCCCCUGGGUCAGGCCACAUCACGGAGACUGCAGGAUCUCCCUAUACAGCUCAGGGUGACUCUUCCCAGCAGCUCUGACUGGAGCCUUCUGAUGCCCACCCAGCUGCAGGCUCCUGGGAAGAGUGGAGUUGUCAGCAAAAGAGACCAAGAAUUGAAGCCCAGAAGGGACAUGCUUGCUGAAGCAAAUCUGCCCCAAAGGCCCCAGUUCUUGGGUUCAGAGGAGCAGGAUGGAUCGUGUGAGGGGUUAGUGUCUUUUGAGGAUGUGACCAUGGACUUCAGCAGGGAGGAGUGGCAGCAACUGGACCCUGCGCAGAGACACCUGUAUCAGGAUGUGAUGCUGGAGAUCUACAGCCACUUUUUCUCCGUGGGGUAUCACAUUCCCAACCCAGAGAUCAUUUUUAGGAUUGAAGAAGGAAAGGAGCCAUGGGUGAGAGAAACUGAACUCCCAUGUCAGAGGUAUCAUGAAGGGGAGUUUGGGCUUGAAACCCCACAACGGGAGAUUUCUGAAGCUUCAUUUCACAAUAAGAUGAUGGGUGGAGUCACAAGAGAUGGUUCAUGGUGUUCCAUUUUAGAAGAACUGUGGGAACAAGCUGACCCAACAGAGGGAGAUCUGAAAAAUCAAAAUAAACCUUCACAUCAGGGAGUUUUCUUCAAUAAGAAAACACUGAACACAGAGAGGGACUGUGACUACAAGGACCCUGGAAAAGUCAUCCAGGCAAGGCCCCACCUUGCUUCUUCACAAAAGGAAUCUCAUAAACAUUGCUCAUUUGCAAAAAGGUUGAAGCCUAACCUAGAAGCAACUCAUCAAAAUCAAAGCAGUACCACAACACACCUUGAUGAUAUGGUUGGAUCUGGUCAGUCAGUCCCCCAUAGCUCUUCCAGUGCCAGCUGCAAGAAUACUCACACAGGAGAGAACUUCCGUGAAGGUGAUACAUGUACAAAAGCCUUCAGCCAGAAACAGUUACUCACACAACAUCAAGUUCAUACUCAGGAAAAACCAGAUACGUGUACUGAAUGUGGGAGGGACUUCACCCACAAGUCACACCUCCUUGAGCAACAGAGAUUCCAUAGUGUAGAAAAUCUCCAGGAAUGUAGUAAAUGCGGGAAAGCCUUCACCUCACAACCAAAAUUUGGGGUCUGUGUGAUAGAUCAUAUAGGUAACAUACCAUAUAUAUGUAAGGAAUGUGGAAAAGUCUUCAUUCAGAGGCCAGAAUUGGUUACACACCAGAAAACUCAUACUAGAAAGAAGCCCCAUAAAUGCCAUGAAUGUGGAAAAACUUUCUUCCAGAUGUUAUCUCUCUUCAGACAUCAGAGAACCCAUACGAGAGAAAAACUCUAUGAAUGCAGUGAAUGUGGGAAAGGCUUCUCCCAGAAUUCAACUCUCAGUAUACAUCAGAAAAUCCACACUGGUGAGCGACAGUAUGUAUGCAGUGAAUGUGGGAAGGCCUUCACCCAGAAGUCAACACUCAGCUUGCACCAGAGAAUCCAUUCAGGGGAGAAGUCCUAUGUGUGUAUUGAAUGUGGCCAGGCCUUUAUCCAGAAGGCACACCUGAUUGUACAUCAGAGAAGUCACACUGGAGAGAAGCCUUAUCAGUGUCACAGCUGCGGGAAAUCCUUCAUUUCCAAGUCACAACUUGAUAUACAUCAUCGAAUCCACACUGGGGAGAAACCUUAUGAAUGCAGUGACUGUGGGAAGACCUUCACCCAAAAGUCACACCUCAACAUACACCAGAAAAUUCACACUGGAGAAAGACACCACGUGUGCAGUGAAUGCGGGAAGGCCUUCAACCAGAAAUCAAUCCUCAGCAUGCAUCAGCGAAUUCACACCGGAGAGAAGCCUUACAAAUGCAGUGACUGUGGGAAGGCCUUUACUUCCAAGUCACAGUUCAGAGAGCAUCAGCGGAUCCACACGGGAGAGAAACCCUACGUAUGCACUGCAUGUGGGAAGGCUUUCAAUGGUAGGUCAAAUUUCCAUAAACAUCAGAUGACUCACAAUAGAGAGAGAACCUUUGCCUGUUACAAGUGUGGGAACACCUUCGUUGAGAAAUCAGAGUUAAUCACACAUCAGAGAACGCAUAUUGGAGAGAAACCUUAUGAAUGCUGUGACUGCGGGAAAUCCUUCAGUAGGAAACCACAACUCAAAGUGCAUCAACGAAUUCACACAGGAGAGAGACCUUAUGUGUGUUCCAAGUGUGGGAAGAGCUUCAACAACAGAUCAAAUUUUAAUAAACACCAGACAACUCACACCAGAGAUAAAUCUUACAAAAGCAGUUAACCUGUGCAAGGCUUUACCCAGAAGUCAAUUCCUAGUAUGCAUAAACAUCAUAAACAUCAGUGAAACUAACUGAAUUUCUUGAAGAAGGAAAAACAUGAGGCAGAUAUAAUCAUAUAUUAUAGAAUUCUUGUUUCAGAAAAGCUCUAGGGAUGCACUGCAUGUCUCCAAGUUACACAUAUUUUACAUGAAGGAAAUUACUCAGGAAAGAACUUUUAAGAAUGAGUGGAAAUGUCUAUAUUUGUACUAGCUUCAUUAAAAGUUAUAAAAUUCAUUUGAGGACAAAACCCUGACUAAUACUUUGAGAAAAGAGUUUCUAUAGAGUAAGACAGAUUGUUACCAGAUUAUUUACAGGAAAAUUUGUGGGAAUUUAUAUUAAUGAUAACCCUGUUUAAUGUGGAAUAUCAUUAUUUUUAGGCUGCCAGCAAACUAAAUGAUGACUUGGCACUAUUAUGUAUAUGUGUGUGUAUCUGUAUACUUAUGUAUGUAUGUAUAUUUAUAUAUGCAGGUCAGCAUAUAUAUAUACACACACACACAUAUACUCAAUUCUGUAGUUUCUGCUACAGAAUUCACUGUGUAACCAGAGGUGUUGAUUAUAUAUUUUUAAAAAGAACCUAAAAAUUGUUUAAACAUUUACUCCCUAUUGAAUUUACAUCCUGAGGUUGCUCAGUCAAUAAUUAUUAAUUUCUUUGUGUACACAGAUGAAUGUACUUUUUUGGGUAAAUGCAUAAGUGUGAUUCUGAUAUUCAUAGUGUAGUUUUUGUCUUCUUUCAUGAUUAGCUCAGCUCUACUCCCCCCUUUCCACCUCCACCAUCUAUGGUGAACCUUUUAGUAUGAAGUCUUUUAUAUGUUUAUACAGGCUCCUAAUCAUCUGUCAGGAGUCAGCAAACUGGCCAUCAGCCACAUCUGGUUGGCCACAUGUUUUUUAAAUAAAGUUUUAUUGGAACACA